UCCUGCCCAUUCAAGUCAGAGAGUUCAUUUUGUAAACAAGAAGGAGGCGAACAUGUCAGGGAAGGACAAGAUUAAUAUUUUCCCCUCCAGAGGGGCGCAGACCCUGAUGAAGGCUCGGCUGGCGGGGGCUGUGAAGGGCCACUCGCUGCUGAAGAAGAAGGCUGAGGCGCUGCAGAUGAGGUUCAGACAGAUCCUGGCCAAGAUUGUAGAGACCAAGACGCUGAUGGGUGACGUGAUGAAGGACGCAGCGUUUCUCGCUGAGGCCAAGUUUGCAUCGGGCGGGGACUUCAACCAGAGUGUGCUGCAGAAUGUUACCAAGGCACGCAUCAAGAUCAGGAGCAAGAUGGACAAUGUUGCUGGCACCAACCUUCCUGUGUUUGAGACCUUCGAGGACGGCGUGGACACUUACGAACUCACAGGACUGUCCAGGGGUGGCCAGCAGAUGGCUAAGCUCAAGAUCAACUACAAGCGAGCCAUUGAACUGUUGGUAGAGUUGGCAUCCCUGCAGGCUUCCUUCGUCACCCUGGAUAAUGUUGUCAAGAUUACCAACAGGAGGGUGAACGCUAUUGAACAUGUCAUCAUCCCAAGGUACGAGAGAACACUUGCUUACAUCCUCUCCGAACUUGACGAACUUGAGCGUGAAGAGUUUUACCGCCUCAAGAAGAUCCAGGAGAAGAAGAAGGCAAUCCGAGACAAGGCGGAGGUGGAGAGGCUGCGUCUGAAGGCCAUCGGAAGGGCUAAGGAGGCAGAGGAGGCUGGCACCAUCUUUGACGAUAAUAAUGAGGAGGAUCUGCUGUUUUGAGGAGGCUGUUUGGGGUGGUGGGGAUAGGUGACUCAACUGACUAAAUGACUGAGUGACUGGUGAUUUGAGUCGAUAGGUGGACUGACUGAGGGACUGGUGAUUUAGAGGGUGGCUGACUGACUGAUUGACUUAUUGGUUUGGCUGACUUGGUGAUAACUGACUGAGUGACUGGUGAUUGAGUGGAUGACUGACUAGCUGACUGGUGAUUGAGUGUGUGGGUAGACUGACUGACUGAGUUAUUCGUUCAUUGAUAACCGACUGAUUGACUGACUGUUUGACUGAUGAGUGUGAUAAUUUAAAUGAUGGACUGACUUAUUGGUGACUGACUGGUGAUUGAGUGGCUAAAGUGACUGGUUGAAUGACUUAUCAACUGACUUUUUAGUUUCUUGAGUGAGUGAUUUGUAACGUGACUGACUGACUGACUGGUUGACUGAGUGGUACUUUGACUGAAUUUCCCUAGACUGACACUGAUAACUUUUCCAAUAUAAACUUCUGUAACUGACUGACUGACUGACUGACUGGCUGAGUGAGUGAUAGCCUGUUAUUCCCAAAGUCAUGACUGGGAACUUAACUGACUGACUGGCUAACUGACUGACUGAUAAAGGGGUUAACUGAAGAAAUAAAACUCAGUCACUCAAGAUAUUUUCAAGUUUAAGAUUGGGUGAAGUCAACCACACUUAACCUAACCUAACCUAACUUGAUGAUGACUUGAACGACUGACCUUUAUAUCUGGUUUUAACAUGUGAAAGGUCGUCAUUCUCUUGGUGUCUUGUAAAAAGUGAAGAUAUAUAUAUUAGUUUGUGGUGUUGGGCUGAGUGGUGGUGGUGGUGGUGGUGACAGGAAUGGUGAUGAGAUGGCUAUAAAAAUUGUUAUCCGUAGUUCUUCCACUCUGUUUUGGAUUAUAUUGUUGUUAUUGUAUUUUUCUUAACAUUUUAUCAUCCUUCCAUUCUCCCUCUCCCUCUUUCCCCUUCUCUCUCUCCUUUUUUCACAAGCUGCAGUGGAAGUUGAUGGUAUUUUCAAGUGUGCUUUUUCAUAAUUCCUACAAAAAUUCCCUAUUUUGUCUGGAUUUCACAGGCUGUAGUGGAAGUUAGUAAGGUUUUCAAGUGUUCCUAUAACAUGACAAUAGUUUAACAGGCUGUAGUGAAAGUUAAAGGGUUUUGAAGGGUGUUUGCACAAUGCUAGUGGUUUGACAGGCUGUAGUGGAAGUCAUUAGGGUUUUUAAGAGUGUCUGCACAAUUCUGGUGAUAGUUUAACAAGCCUGCAGUGGAAGUUAUCAAGGUUUUUCCCAGUUUAACAAGUGUGUAGUGGAAGUUAUUGAGUUUUUUCCGAGAGUUUUUGUGUAGUGGAAGUUAUUGAGAUUUUUCCAAGUUUAUUUAAUUUAGUGAGUGUUUGACAAGGUGUAGUGGCAGUUAUAGGAAUUUUACAAGCCUUUUCAUGAUCCUGGUGAGAGCUUAACAGAAAAUAAAGUGAGGUUUGCAACAAGAUUCAGAUUCCAGUGAUAGUUGAACAAGACACAGUACACACCCUUCAAAACACAACCAACCACUCCUGCAGCCUUUAAAGUCAUUUUGUCAUUUCAUUCACCUCUUCUCUCUCUCUCUCUCUCUCUCAUAUACUUUAAGCAGGCUGCAGUGGAAGUUAUUGACAUUUUCAAGGGUGUUUCAAUGACAUCACCCUUAAAAACACUUAAUAACACAACCAGCCAGUCCCUUAGCCUUUGAGUAAGAGAGCUGAGGAUACUAGAACAAGAACCUUAAGAGAGACUGCCACUCAGGACCUCUCAGCCCGGCAGCCAGACCAGAUGUAGUCCAUGUAGUGGUGUACAGAAAUGUGAAUGUGAAGUGUGGUGAGUGUGUGGUGAUGAAGGGCCAUAAGUGUUUAGUGACAUACGUACUUACAUUCCACAUAACUCAUUGGACAUUAAGCUUUUAGAAUGCCGCUCAUUAUUAAUCAACUUGGGAAAUAUUUUGGCAGAUGGAGAUAUAGAAAAAAAAUAAGAUAAAAUAAAUAUAAAUGAAUACUGUCUCUAAAUAAAAUGCUUCUCUCCACAUUUAUCAUUACAAAACUUGAGUCAUCGCCAAAAUACUUUGAUGGAAGAAGGUAAUAUAAAUAAAUGAAAUAGAUCAACGAACAUAAAUCAACUUCGUCCCUGAAUAAAAAAAAAAAAAAUACUUCCUUAUCAUUACUAAACUCAUUAAAUACUUCGAAGGAUGAAAAUAUAAGAAAAAAAUAAAUAUACAUAAAAUAAACAUGAAAUAACAGAUGCAAUAAAAAAUAAGAGACCAUACAUCAACUUACCAAGGCCCUGUAUAACUAGAUAAACAUUUCAUUAAACCAUAACACACAGAGAAACAUACACACACACAGUAAUCAGAUAUAUGUAGUACUCAAAAAAUUAUUACAAGAUCAGUUCUUUUUUUUUUUUGCAAUCUGUUCCAAUAUUUUUUCCUUGACUUGUUGAGAUUCUAUUGAGAUUUUUUUGUACUUGUCUAGGAGUGAGUGUCUGUACAUAGCAUUAUAUUAAACUGUGUGAGGUGA